ACCUGCCGGGGACAGGUGUGUGCUGUGUGUAUCCUCGUCGCGUCGAACAACCACAACCAGGACCUGCGCAGUGUCGUACUAGGCUACUAGAAAGAAGUGUUUCGCGUGUUCGAUGGUGGGGUAUACGUAGUAGGGCCACGCCGAGGAGCGACAUCAUUAUCGCAUGUUCCGUACCCUCUGUCCACUACGGUAGCAAAGCGCACAAAGGAAGAAUCCGACCGACCACCACCACAACAACAGCAACAACAACAACAACAACAAAAAGAAAGUGAUCAUCUGCCAUCUGCCGUUGCCUUGGCUUCUGGCUUCGGCGCGCAAACCGUGGACACUGCUGUACACAGGCCCCGACAAAACGGCCCCCCAAAAGCCAUGAAAUGUGGCCGUGACCGUCGGCCACUGAGGCUGUGAGAGGAGGUGCAGUUCGGUACAAGCCACCCACCCACCAUUUCUUGCGUCGUGCUCACCACACACACACACGCGCGCACACACGGGCGCGCAAACAUUCAGUGUAGGCCAGGCCGCCUAAAUAAGAGAAACUCGAAGCGGAGAAACGGAACGGGAAAAGGAAAACGCGAAACGCGAGACGCGAAAGUGGACCGUGGAGGAAAGUGCCUCCACUCCCCCCGCGGAGGGACCGUUGGGUUGGGCUCUGGGCUCCGUGUUUGUGUACGGUCGUGUUAUACUCGGUCUGAUCAUCAGAUGAACCAAAGACGUACCGUGCCGACACGUCCAAGCAACCGAAACCGAACGCGAACGAACCUGUUCCGGGUGCAACCCGGUCGCCCUGCCCACCGGGCCGGUGGGGUUCUUGGCCUCUAGCAGCAAAAGCCGAAGGACGCCAACCGCGACCAUGGGCGAACGCGAAACGCCAACGCCAACGGAAAGUGAGGAGUUUCCCGGUAGGCUGCUGCAUCAGGCCGCCCUCUGGGACAACGUGGAGCUGCUGGAGGAUCUGCUGCAGGAGGAGGUGCAUCUGAUCGACUGUCUCGAUUCGUGGGGCCGCGCACCGAUCCACGCGGCCGCCAUUACGGCCGACUCGCGGUGUCUGCCGAUGCUGCUGAAUGCCGGUGCCAACGUGAACGCUACCGCCGGUCCCCGGUGCGACAACAAGACGGCCCUGCACCUGAGCGCCGAGCACGGACACAUCAGCAACAUCCGGGUACUGCUGGACGCCGGUGCCUCCUUCAUCGCCAAGGAUCGCAACGGGCUGACGCCGCUCGAUCUGGCGGAGCGGGGCGAACACGAGGCGUGCGUUGAACUGCUGAAAGAUGCGGCCGAUACGAGGGAACAGAUCCGGAGCCAGAAGCAUCGGGCCCUCCGGGAAGCGGUUUCGGCGAACGAUGAAUCCGCGGUACAGCUGCUGCUGGAGAGUGUGGGCCCGGAGCGCGAGCUGAUCGUGAACAUGGCACCGGGCGGUGCGAACACACUGCUAUUCCUUGCCGCCCAGUCGGGAUCGGAGCGGAUCGUAAGCCUGCUGUUGGCGGCCGGUGCCGAUGGUCGUGCGCACGCCGUCACCCGCUACUCGCCGCUCUACACGGCCGUCCACAAUGGGCACACGAAGGUAGCGACCGUACUGCUCGAGCGCUUUCCGGAGCUGGUGCAGCAGGUGACGGUGGAACGGUGGUUACCGUUCCAUGCGGCCUGUAUCAAUGGCCAUUGCGCGGUGGUGCAGCUGCUGAUCGGUUACCCGUACGCCGAACAUCUGCUCUCCUCCUACCGGGAUCCGAGCGGUGAGCUCGAGUGGCGUCUACCGUUCGAUCCGAACGCACAGGAUGUCGCCGGUCAGACCGCACUGUACGUCGGCUGUCUGCUCGGCAAUCCGCAGCUGGUGGCGCUUCUGCUCGGCUGGCGGGUACGCUGCGUUCGCCAGAAACCCUCCGUACCGGCGACACCGGUACUGGACACACCGGGGCUUGAGGGCAGCACCGUGGCACCCGGGCCGGUCAAUCCACUCAGCCCUACCAGCCGUAAGAUAGCGUCCGGGUUGCAGGCAAUCAUGUCCCGGUUAAGCCUCAGUAGUCGUUCCGAUUCGAAUGGCGGUGCUGGUGGUGGUGGCGACGAAGAGGAGGGUGGCUGCGACUAUGAACGGCGCUGUCCGCUCGAUCUCAACAUACUGUGCGGGGCGGCCCGCGAAACGGCACUGCUCGCGGCCGUCCGGGGCGGCUUUCUCGACGUCAUAACGCUGCUGCUGGAGAACGGUGCCGAUCCGAAUGUGAUAGCGCGUGCGGUCGAAGAUCAGAACGAUCCGAAGUCAUCGGAUGAGAUCUAUGGCUUCUCGAAUGUGCCGCUAGCGGAGGCGACCCGCCAGAAGUCGCUGGCGAUGGUGGAGCUACUGCUGAAGUACGGUGCCCGGGAUGAUCAGUCGAUCGCACUCGGUAUCGCGAUCCAGAACGGGGACGAACCGAUCAUCUGCCGCCUGCUGGCCAUCAAGGCGCACCCCGAUCCGGACUACAAGAUUAACAAGCGCGCCUUCCAGGAGGUACCGACGGUUCACGGUGAAGCGCAUCGCACCACGGCCAGCAACAACUUCACGUACAGUGCGCUCUACCCCAGCACGGCCACCAUGAUUAACUGGCACAACAACAACUGCCGGUUGGGGUUGAUCCGGAUGGGGUGGCUAAGCGAGGCGGUCCUGCGGUGCAACCGGAAGCUGGUGGCACAUCCGCGAGCGCAUCAGCUUGCGCUGGCCGCCCUGACGCGGAUCGACAUCUCGCACAACACACUGACCACCCUGCCCGAGGAGCUGUUCCGGCUCGGUAGCCUCCGGCAGCUGAAUGCGGCCCAGAACAAAAUCGAACGCAUACCGGUGCUGCUGGGGGACGGGGAGGAGGUGGAGGGGGACGGACGAGACCAGCAGCUCGACCAGCAGCAGCAGCAGCAGCACGUUGGUGGUGCAGGAGGAAGCGUAUCCUGGUUGAGGCGGCGUAGCAGUAGUAGUGGUGCUGGUGUCGGUGCCACGACCGCACCACUCUGCCCAGUACUGGAGGAGCUGUACCUGCAGGACAACCGGCUGGAGGACGUACCGGCGCUGCUGUUCCGGCUGCCGAACCUCACCAUCCUGGACGUGUCGAACAACAAGCUGCAGCAGCUACCGUUCCAGAUGUGGAAGGCACCGAAGCUGAAGGAGCUGAACGUGGCGUUCAACUUUCUGAAGGAUCUGCCCUCGCUCCCGGUCGUGGCAGCAGCCGGCGGCGCCGCCGGUGAUGUGCCGAUCGGGGUGGAUUGUGCCCGAAGCACCGACCUGCCAUCGCCCCUCGGUGGUGGUGGUUACUUCGCCAGCGAUGCCGGUACGGUUGGGGCCGGAUCCGGUGCGGACGAUGGGCUGGAGGCGUUGGCGCGCAACCGGCACGUGACGAGCCUGGAGCUGGUGCGGCACCACGUGUGGUCCCGGUCGCUUGAGGUGACCGAGCAGGAGCUCCGGUUGCCCGAUGCCCGCCACGACAGUGCCCUGUCACAGCUGAGCAGCCUCAACCUGGCGAACAACCUGUUUACGAGCAUUCCGCUCGCCCUGCCCUGUCUGGCGGUUAAUCUGACGCGGCUCAACCUCUCCUACAACAGUCUCCGGUCGAUGGGUCACGUCACCAGCUAUCCGGCCUCGCUGAAGCAGCUCGAUCUCGGGCACAACGAGAUCAGCUGCUGGCCCAGCCUGCCCCGUAUCGCCGCCUCCGAUCCCCAUCUGAUGUGCUACAAUCCACAGGAAGCGAAACGGACCACCACCACCAACAGCACCAGCAAUGUCAACAUCAGCGGCGGCAGUGAGUGUAGUGUUGGUAGUGGCGGUGCUGCUGCUGCUGCUGCUUCUGGCAACAACAGCGGCAUGCUGUCUCGUGGUGCUAGCAUGCAGGAGCACGCGCUUGUGGGUUGUGGGCCGACCGAUCUAGCGCUGCCCACCGUCGUGAAGGCAUCGACGAGCUCGAACAGCAUCACCUCGCUGCGGACUGCGGUGCUGAAGAGUGUUUGCUGCCAUCGGCGUCACCUGCGGCUUGAAUCGCUCCGGACGCUCGUGCUCGCCGACAACUCGCUGACCCGCAUCCAGCUGUCGACCGAUGAUGUGCACACGCUCGGCGAAUCGGAUGACGCCGAGUGGAGCGUUGUCGGGAUGGCGAAAUCGAGGCUCAUCUUUCCGAACCUUUCGAUGCUGGAUAUCAGCAACAACUGCCUGAAGGAGAUCCCGCCGACGAUCCACGAGCUGGCGAACCUGAGCGUGCUGAAUCUGAGCGGCAACAUGGACAUUACGGAGCUGCCACCGCACAUGGGGCUGCUGUCGCGGCUGUGGAAUCUGAAUACGCGCGGCUGCUCGCUCCAGGAUCCGCUCCGUUCGAUGAUCGAGAGCAAGAAGUACAAAACGAUGGACAUCAUCGGUUACCUGAAGUCGGUGUACGAGGAUGCCCGGCCGUACGCCCGCAUGAAGCUGAUGGUGGUCGGGGUGCAGGGUAUCGGUAAGACGAGCCUGCUGGAGCAGCUGCGUAGCGAAGGACCGUCGAGGGGCAAGAAACCGGUCGACCAUUGGGCGAAGCGGAUGGGCCACCGGAACAUUAACCAGAAGACGUCCCGGGGCAUCAACAUGUCGACGGUCGGUGUCGACAUCGGUGAUUGGGUGUGCGAAAAGAAGGUACGGGGCGUAUCGGCCCACGGUCCGGUCGUUUUCCGGACGUGGGACUUCGGGGGUCAACGGGAGUACUACGCGACGCACCAGUACUUCCUGUCCCGCCGUAGUCUCUACCUGGUGCUGUGGCGUAUCAUCGAUGGGCGCCGUGGGUUGGCCGAGGUGUUGCAGUGGCUCGGUAACAUUCAGGCGCGGGCACCCAACUCGCCGGUGCUGAUCGUCGGUACGCACUACGAUGCGGUCGGUGAGACGCUGCCGGCCCGGAAAGCGGAAGAGCUGCAGCAGAUCAUCCGCGAUCGGUUUAUCGCGGUGUCGGAUGCGGAAAAGAUCGGGCUACCGCGGGUGCUCGAUUCGAUCGAGGUGAGCUGCCGGACCGGGCACAACAUCAAGCUGCUGGCUGGGUUGAUCUACGAUACGGCGUUCGCGUUGCGACCGCCCGGUUGCAAGGAACCGCUACUAUACCAGCGCGUCCCAGCGAGCUACCUCGCGCUCGAGGACGUCAUUGGUAGUGUGGUGGCGGGGCUGCGGCAAACCGGGACCGAUCCCGUGCUCGAUGCCGACCGCUACCGCCAGCUGGUGACGCACGAGCUGGCGCAGCGCGGUCUCAAAGGUUUCCGUGACUGGUCCGAGCUGAACCAGGCCACCAUGUUUCUGCACGACAACGGUGUGCUGCUGCACUACGACGAUGCGACACUGCGGGAUCUGUACUUUCUCGAUCCGCAGUGGCUCUGCGAUAUGCUGGCGCACGUCGUGACGGUACGCGAGAUUAACCCGUUCGCACGGACCGGCGUCAUGAAGAUGGACGAUCUGCAGCACGUCUUCAAGAGCUCCUGCCUCGGCAGCACCAACAACCGAGGGUACAUCGUGAGCCUGCUGAAUAAGUUCGAGGUGGCGUUGUCCUGGGACGCCCGGACGUUGCUGAUACCGUCGCUGCUACCGACGGAGGAGGACAGCUACUCCGAGCACCGGAUGGUAACGGUGAAGAUCGCCAAUCGAUCGAAGGGUUGGGUGUCACGGGCCCGUCACAUCACACCGGGUGCUGGCCUACCGGCACCGUACGCCUACGAGCUACCGGCCUCCGGUAUUCACUACUCGCCGACACCAGCCGGUGGAACCGGUUCCGAAUGCGGCUCCACGGUCGCAGCAGCAGCAGCAGCAGCAGCAGCACCGACAGUAAUGGCAGCCCAGCGCAGCACCGAAACCGUGACGGUCCAGACGAUCCAUCGUCCCGAUCGGUCCAUCUAUCGGUUGCUGCUCAUGUCCUACUUCCCGUCCGGUUUCUGGUCGCGGCUGAUCACGCGCGUCCUUGCCGACGGCCAGGUCGUGGAGGCGAUCCGUGGCCUGUACGCGCUACCGACCGAGCUGGAUGGGCUCGAACCGGGUACGGAACUGUCGGCCUACUGGGCCGUCUGGCAGACGGGGUUGGCCCUGCACUACGGUCCCGGGACGGUCGUGUUUCGGAUGCGCGAAAUUGCCGUCACCUGUCCCGGGUCACCGUUUCGGAAUCCGAUGAACCGGUUCAAGCUGAAGCAGGACGGUGUGUGGUGCGAUAUCGAUCUGACCGCAAGCUCCAUCCUGGAGAUACACUUCCCGUACGGUGCGCUCCGGGUGCGACCGUCACCGACUGUCGGCGAUAGUGGUGGUGGAGGCAGCAACAACACUGCCUCUGCAGCGCCGCCAGCAGCCAGCAGUAGCGAUGAGUCGUACGAGCUCGAACCGAGCGUCCAGUGUUUGACGCAGCUGCUUGCCCUCACGGUCGACCAUAUUGAUCUGCUGCUGGAGGACUGGUACCCGACGCUCGGCACCCGGUUCGUGCACACGUCCGAGGGUCGCUUCCUGGUGACACGGCUUGUACCGUGCCCCCGGUGUCUGCGCGAGUGUGAAGAUCGUCACGUACCGAACCUACCGUCGCAGGUGAAAGCAUCCACUACCACCACCAGCACGGGUGGCAGCAGCAGCAGCAGCAGUGGCGGUGGUGGCGGCACCGGAAGCAACAGCAACAAUAAUGGUGCUAGUGGUGGACCGACGGCGGCCACAUCUCACCGGCAUCGCAUGGAGCUGGAGCACACCGUGGGCAGCGGUGGACUGAAUGAACUGCCCGGCAUUCUGCAGGACCGCAAGUCACAGGAUUCGCUCGGCAUGUCGGACUGUGAUUCGGGGGUCGGCCAAGAGACGGCCGACAGCUCGAGCGAAACCUCGAUCGAUGGCUAUCCACCAUUGCUCCCGCCGGCACCGGCAGUGGCCAGCAGCGGUAUGAGCGCGGUGACACCGCACGCCCCAGAACCGAACCAGGAUUCACCCAGCUACUCGUGGAUGGUGGAGGAGUGCAUACUGGCCGCCUAUGACCGGAAGGCCGUCUCCUGUCCACUCCACGGUGACAUCAAGCUGUCACGCAUUACACCGGACGUGAACUUCCUCGAUCUACCGGGACAUUAUCUGAUCCGCUCGGAUGAAAUCAAUCGUGGACCGCUGCUCGGUCGCGGUGCGUUCGGGUUCGUGUUUAAGGCGACCUGCCGCAAGCGGCCACUGGGUGGGCGGACCGGCGCCUCACCAUGCACGACCGGUACCGCGGCUCCGCUGAACGUCGCGAUGAAGAUGCUGCAACCGGUGGCACCCGGUCCGAGGGCCCGCCCCAGUGCCGUCAUCGCGUACAAGGCAGCGCUCGGCAAGUGGGAACGGGAUCCGCUGCAGCACGCCUGCAAAGCGUACUGUACCGCCCGGCAGGAGCUGGCCGUGCUGCUGACCCUGCGCCAUCCGCAUAUCGUGCCGCUCGUCGGUGUCUGCACGCAACCGUUGGCGCUGGUGCUUGAUCUCGCCCCGAAGGGGGCCCUCGAUGCGGUGCUACGGCACUACCGUCGCAGCGGUGCCCGUAUCGGCCCAUACUGCUUCCAAUCGCUCGUCCUGCAGGCGGCCAAAGCGAUGGAGUACCUGCAUCGGCGGCGCGUCAUCUAUCGCGAUCUGAAGGCGGAAAACAUCCUCGUCUGGGACUUCCCGGAGCCACACGCCGAAGACCAUCCGGGGAACCGGGUGCACAUUAAGGUGGCCGAUUACGGGAUUAGCCGCAUUACGCUGCCGUCCGGUUCGAAGGGUUUCGGCGGUACCGAGGGUUUUAUGGCACCGGAAAUCAUGCGCCAUAACGGCGAGGAGGAGUACACGGAAAAGGUGGACUGCUUCUCGUUCGGUAUGUUCCUGUACGAGCUGAUCUCGCUGCGCCAACCGUUCGAGGGCCACGAGGCGGUCAAGGAGUGCAUCCUCGAGGGUGGCCGACCGAUGCUGACCGAGCGGGAAACCCACUUCCCUUCCUACUGUCUCGAUCUGAUGGUGCUGUGCUGGGACCAGCAGCCGAAGCUGCGCCCUUCCGCCAGCCAGAUCGUCUCGAUUGCGACCGCCCCCGAGUUUACGCAUCUGCUCGACGUGUGCUCACUGUCGCACGGUGGCAGCGUAAUGGAUGGCAUCGCUUGCAUGAUCGCCAGCGCAUCCGAUGCUGGCGCCGAUGUUGAGGUGCCGGUCGGUACUGCGGGAGGUCGCAUCGGGGGUACCGUCUCCGGUUACGAGCUGUGGCUGCCCUGCUCGAACUCACGCAUCGACAUCCUCGAUGGUUCGGUGCGCGGUUGGCAGCAGUACCAUCGCAUACUGUGCCCCCAGGUAAAGGGUUCGUCUACCGGUGGUGGCGUUGGCGUUGGUGAUAUGGUGGUAGCAGCAGCCGGUGGUAACAGCACCAGCAGCCCGUCGUCGUCGUCAUCGGCUAGCGGACAACCGUCCCAUCAACCGGCGACCAACGCGGCGGCAACGGCGGCGCACCACCAACCGAAGACGAUCAAGCUGACAACGGCGUGCGGUGUCGAGGGGGCCGUCUGGAUCGGUGAUGCAGAGGGCAAUAUCUACGCGUUCGGUGCGGCCGACUGUGCCCAUCUCUUCUCGUACGCGCUGGAACCGACGCAACCGUCGCCCGUCGUCGCCCUGGUGUACCUGGCCCGGUUUCAGCGCGUCGCAGCGGGCCUCGAAAAUGGGCGGCUCUUUCUGCUACACUCGACGCUGAUACCGAGCACGUGCUCGGCGGCCGAGGGUAGCUUCGUCCUGUCCGAGCUCGGUUCGGGCGAGCGGCUCUGUUCCGUCACCGCGCUCUGGCUGUCGGAGGACGAGUGUGAGCUGUGGUGUGGCGAGCAGGACGAUGCAAUCAGCAUCUUCUCGCUGCGCAACUCGCACGUAUCCGGGCAGCAUCAUCUGCGCCACUUCAACGCACCGGUACCGGUGCGUGGGUUGAGUGUUGCCCUGCUCCAGGCCGCCCCGGACGAUCACGUGUUCUCGUACCUGGCCCCGAGCUACAUCCUCUACCAGUGGCGUUCGUCGAGCAAAACGGUCGAGCACAAGCUAGACUGCUCCAAGCUGGUACCGUGCUCGGAAAGCCUCAAGAGCAUCGCGAUAGACGAGCGGCUUAGCCCGGGCCGGUGCCAGAUCAGUGCGCUGGCCGUGCUCGGGCGGGAGCUGUACAUUGGCACCACCUGGGGCUGUAUCAUCGUGGCCGAACGGGCGACCCUACGCCCCACCACCGUCUUCCGGCCGUACGAGGAGGACAUCCGAUGCAUCAUUCCGAUCCGAAGCGGUUCACCACUGGCGGCCGGUGGCAGUGGUCAACCGCCCCUGGUGGUGACGGUGGGGCGCGGCUACCGAUCACUCAUCGAGCGUUACACCGACGGUCACGGGUCCGGCAACUUGUCACGUAGCACUUUGCACGCCUCGACGCCAACCUCGUCGCAGCACCAACAGCAGCAGCAACCGGAUGGGGGGAAGCGACUGAAGGAAGCGUUAUUACGCGAUCGUUCCAACCACAUGCACGCCCUCAUCUGGACCGCCGAGCACUGGGCCCCAAUCUGAAUUGCAUCGCAUCGCACCACCGCCGCAGCAGCCUUCCCCUUUUUGCUCUCCACAACCACUAAUUAAGGAUCUGUGAUUUUAUUUACUCCUACCCUAAACCGUGGCACUCUGGCACUAGACAUUGUACAUUCACUAGGAACGAAACGGCGGCUUACGCCGAUUGUGAUGAUGAUGGUGGUGAUGAUGGUUGGGUGACCAGUUGAAGCACGCUGAACAAGGGUUUUACUGAUUGACCGGGUCAUCCGGCAGCUGCUUGCUUGCUGCGCACACGCAACAGAAUGGAAUGGAACAAUAAAAAAAAAACGGCAAAGACAUCCGCUAUCGGAAAAAUC